CAGAGCCGGGUUUUUCUCCUCCUGUGCACUGGGCAGUCAAACCUCCCUCAUCAAGGCAGGACUCAUGAACCUCAAGGCAGGAAUCUGACAUCCAGACCCCCUUCCCCCAGCCAGGCCACCCUCUGCCCUAGCCUUGGACGGCCAGCAAGGCCCCCUCCAUUCUCAGUUCCUUACCUGGAGUGAUGGAAAACUCCUCUGUGGCAUCUGCCUCCUCUGAGGCAGGGAGUAGCCGAUCUCAGGAAAUCGAAGAGCUGGAGCGGUUCAUUGACAGCUACGUCCUUGAGUACCAAGUCCAAGGUUUGCUGACCGACAAAACGGAAGGGGACGGGGAGAGUGAGAAAACGCAGUCCAACAUCUCGCAGUGGACAGCGGAUUGUAGUGAGCAGCUGGAUGACAGCUGUUCCUCUUCGAGAGGGAAGGGCUUACCGUCUCACGAACACAAUCAGGAAGAGUGGGAUCACAGCAGCAGUGGGAGUUCAGGAUCCCGGCCUAGUUCAGGCUCCAGGCCUGGGUCUGGAUCAAGGUCUGACAGCCAAGGGAGAAGCAGCCAGUUCAGUCAUUCAACCAAGAAUGGCAACAAAGACAACUCCCUGGACAUGUUGGGGACAGAUAUCUGGGCAGCCAAUACCUUCGAAUCCUUCAGUGGUGCAACCUGGGAUUUACAGCCUGAAAAGCUGGACUUCACACAGAUUCACAGGAAGCUCCGGAACACCCCCAAACACCCGCUCCCGCACAUAGACAGAGAAGGGCUCGGAAAAGGGAAGCAUGAGGAUGGAGAUGGAAUCAACUUGAAUGACAUAGAGAAAGUCCUUCCCGUCUGGCAGGGUUAUCAUCCAUUGCCACAUGAGGCUGAAAUUGCACACACCAAAAAACUAUUCAGAAGAAGGAGAAACGACCGGAGGAGACAACAGAGGCCUCCUGGAGGAAACAAAUCACAGCAGCAGCACACGGAUCAUCAACAAGGUACUGCCAAACACAACAGGGAACACCAGAAACUCUACCAGGGAGGCCAACCCCCUCACUCCUCAGGGAGGCCAGGUCACCACGGCUACAGCCAAAACCGGCGAUGGCACCACAACCAGAAGCACUCGCCCAAUGACAAGGAAACGCACAGAAAUGCCAAAGAGACUGAGAGUUUGAAAAUCGAGGACGCCUCCGUCUGCACAGUGCACAUCCCCCUGGAGAUGUACCGGAGCACGGAGGUCGUGGAGAGACCGUCUCAGCAGUACAUUCAGGAACCAGAACCCAAGCAGAGAGACAGUGUUCAUGAGCGCAUCGGGGAAAGGCCAAAGGUCAAUUUGCUCCAGUCUUCCAAAGACAGACUGCGAAGGAGACUAAAAGAAAAGAUGCCUUGUCUUUCCCUUUUCACGGACCAGGACGAAGUGCCGGUGGAGGCAACCAACCCCCAAAAGAACAAAAUGGACAAAUUAAUUGAAAUCCUCAACAGCAUGAGGAACAACAGCAGUGAUGUGGACUCCAAGCUCACCACCUUCAUGGAGGAGGCCCAGAACUCCACCAACUCUGAGGAGAUGCUGGGCGAGAUCGUCAAGACCAUUUACCAGAAAGCGGUGACGGACCGCAGCUUCGCCUCCACAGCCGCCAAGCUCUGUGACAAAAUGGCGCUCUUCAUGGUGGAGGGGACCAAGUUCCGAAGCCUGCUUCUCAACAUGCUGCAGAAAGAUUUCACAAUGCGGGAGGAGCUGCAGCAGCGCGACGUGGAGCGCUGGCUGGGAUUCAUCACCUUUCUCUGCGAAGUCUUCGGCACCAUGAGGAGCAACGGUGGGGAGCCCUUCCGAGUCCUUGUCUGUCCCAUUUAUACCUGCCUCAGGGAGUUGUUGCAAUCUCAGGAUGUGAAAGAAGAUGCUGUCCUUUGCUGUUCCAUGGAGCUGCAAAGCACCGGCCGGCUGCUGGAGGACCAGUUGCCUGAGAUGAUGACAGAGCUGCUGGCAAUAGCACGUGACAAGAUGCUGUGCCCCUCGGAGUCCAUGCUGACACGGUCCCUCCUCCUUGAGGUCAUUGAGCUGCACGCCAACAACUGGAACCCCCUGACGCCCACCAUCACACAGUACUACAACAAGACAAUCCAGAAACUGACAGCCUGAGAACGUGGGGCGGUGGGGAUGGAAAGGAGCAGGAAGAAGACAUGCACCUUAAAAGGAAACAGGAAGGAACUGUGCUACAAAUUGAUCAGCUACUGGAGAGAGAAGCGAGAACCUUUAUGAGAAAAUACCUAAGAAGACGAACCCCAGCAUGCUUAAGAAUAUGUUCAUGAGGUUGGGGGGCAGGGGCAUGUUUCUUUUCAGCUGUGUUGCGGAGCACCACUCCUCUUUCCUGCUGAGUUUUUGUUUCAGGUUUCUUCUAUUAAAUCAUUGCUCAUGCAGCCGCGCAUCCCGCCGUGUUAUUGUUUGGCUUUAGAAAGAACACGGAGAAUUUGAAAAGCAAGUGGAAGUGCAGGCUAGCAUUGUUUUCACGCCAUUCUCUUGGCUUGCACCAGCCAACUGGCAGGAGACAACACACAGCAGAUGUCUUGGGAGGACAAAGAAAGACACGUUCCACACCAGACGCCGGUAAUUGACGGCUUUUGUCAAAGCGAAGCUUUCAUUAUUUUUUCCCCCUCCCCUUGUCUUCAACUUUUUAUUCUCCCCCCCCACCUCCACCCCUCCGCAAAAUCCCCACCAACACCUGAUUCUAGGUUAGGAUUUCACACAAGAUGAUUUAUUUAUUUGCACUGGGUUUUCUUUUUGCUUUGUUGUUGUUUUAUUAGGUUUUUUUAAACGGACAUUUGCUAUCAACUUUGAAACAUGAAAAUAACAUUAUAAUGUGAGCUCUUGAAUGGUUGGCACAAGAGUGUUAAAUUGGAAGAAGAACUUAAAAAAAUCCAAAAGCCACUUUAGAAGUAUCAUAGCCACAGUCUUCUUGCCAGUAACCUAUCAAGGUAAUUGAAAAAAUGUACACUCUGAGCUGGUAAUUCUAAGAAACACAGGCAUUCUGCAGCUGUUUGCUGCUAAAGACGCAGUAUUCCUCAUCCACUAAACUAUAAUCCAUUUAUUUUUUGUAACUUACUUUGUUUGUUUGUUUAAAGAGUGCUUUAUUGUAAUUACUGUCACAGUUGUAAUUAUACAUUUAAACCAGGUCCCUUAUGCUUGAUCCUAAUAAUAGACAGGGUGAGGGAAAAAUUAAGACUUGAAGUUCUUCUUUGGAAACUGGUAAAUAGAAGGUGACAAGUUUAUGGCAUUGGAAAGGAAAAAAGAAAAGCCGAAAAUAUAGGUUUCAGGUUUGGCUUCUAAUUAGCUAAACUUUCCUAACCAGUGUCUCUCGGUUUGCAUUGCAUAGACGUGGAACUCAGAAGGAGGCUGUCCCCGUCUUUUGCUUUGUCAGAAGCAUAGUCUGUUUAGUCGGUGUAACUAAUACAGCCUCUGAUAUGGAGGAGGGUCAGAGCGGGUUGUUUCGUUCCACUAAAUGAAGUGUAAAGAGGAGAGCAAUGUGAAUGGCUAGAGAUGGAGUAGAGGUAGUACGAGAAGGAAGCCACAGUGCACCUCACUGGCCUUACCUGUGUAACCCACUGGUGAGUGUGUGUUACAAUUCCCAUUCUGUGUCCAGUUCACAGAGGAUAUGAGUCUGUUACAGCCCCAGCGAGGGACUUUCAGCUCGAACUGUAACAGCUCAUGCUUUUAGCUCUGGCGAUCUCUGGUUCAACCCCUGGUGGGUCAGACAAGAUGGCAGCUAUCACGCAGUGGAAGCUUGUCUGGAAUUCAAACUGCUGUGGGCCUCAGACACUUAGGAUGAGCUUCCUUGGAUCAAAGGAAGGAUGUAACUCACUGGUGAGCGUGUGUUACAGGUCCCCAACCUCCAUGCCCAAUGCGCAGAGAGAUGAGUCUGUUACAGCCCCAGCUAGAGAGGUUUGAUUCUUUAGAGCAAGCUGUCACAGUUCAUGCUUUUUGAGCUCUGGAGAUGCCCAGUUCAGUCUCCAGUGUGUUGGCAAAGGCGGCAGCCAUCACAUCUACUUAUCCCACCAUAUUUAACACGAGUGCAGUUUCACUGGUGUUAGAAACAUUGGGAGCCCUUUGUAAAGAGGCUUUUGACAGAAAUUUAAGCACUGUGUUCUCUAGACCUGAUCCAAGCAGGAUUAGGUGAUUCACUUGCUUAAAAACCCUAGCGCUCCGUCUACUCUAGGGUUCUCAACAAUGCUCACACCAGUGAAGCUGACGUGGUGUUGGCAAUGUUGAGAAGUGUUUGCAGAAUGCCCCUAGGGCAGAUCAGUCUAGCAUGAGAAGUGAAGCCAGUGACUUGACUUGAUUAGGGAAGAAGGUGAGCUGUUAAGUGUGCGACGUGCUUUUAGACUGAGAUGGAUCCAUGUCAGUCGUAAAACAAGUAUUAGUUUUGAAGCACAUGCAAGUUUGGCAGAGAAACCGCAGCUUCUAAGCAUAUGGUACAUUUAUUUUUUAAAGUAUCUAUUCUGUAGUAAGUCUGUAAUUCCUAAGAAGAGCAGAGCUGCCCACCAAACCCUUCCUUAGGGGCCAGUCCCACAGGACGGCAUGGCUUUAAUUCCCAAUGAUGCCAGCGGGAUUUGUGGGUGCUCAUCAACUUGCAGGCUUAGGGCUUUAAUAUAUAAUAUAAGGCAAGAGAUUUGUGAGAGAUCGACGUAAACACAAUAUUUACCAUUUGGGGUCUGAGUAACGUUAACUAGAUUUAUGGAUCCUGUUGACUAACUUCAGUUUCUUUUUUGGAAAAGGAGAUCUGUUCCAGCCCCGUUUUUGAAACAUGCUUUGAAGUUACUUAUUUCAGUAACUUUGUAUUGGUAAAGAGGGACAGGUAGGCCAUUACUUCACUUCCUGUAUGGUGACCAGGAAAUGAUGUCCAGGCUUAGCGGUUGCUUCUUUAUUGAUGCUUUUAUUUACUGCAUCACUUCUGGUGCUUACUUGAUGAAGUAUAACAGAAUUAGGGGGUGGAAAUUUCCCUUUAUUUGUUCAGCACUUAUUAAUGGAAGAUUAGAGAAGGAAGUGACAGUACAUAACCCUCCCUCCAGGCACCUGUGAUCUGAGCAUAGCUGCCAAUGCUGGGUGACUCUGACUGUUAAGAUUCAUAUAUAAUAUCUGCCUUAUUUCAUUGCUGCAACAGGUCUCAGAAACUCACUUGGAAAAUCUGUUUUGGUGUUCGUAACACUCACAAGCUGUUUUCCAAAAGACAGUUUGUGAUUAGGGGGCUACUGAUCAGUGCUUAUAAUGUGGGAGGAUGGUAUAUUCCAAUUUUUUCUUCACUUUUCUCUGUUAUUCAGUUUUCUUCCCUUUCCCCUGGUAGUAAGAAGUAUGGAUUCGGCAAACCCACCUCUGGCACCAUGAAACUGGAGUGUAGCUCCUGAUUAAACAUGAGACCCAAACACUUAACCCCCAGAUCCAAAUACUCACCCACCUUGAGGCAAUACAGAUCUGGAUCUGAACUCCACAACGUAGACCAAUAGAGUGAAUUUCUGCGUGCUUGUUGACAAGAAUAAAGAUUCAAUCCAGAUCUUUUUUGGAUGUUCAGUAUGUUUUAUGGCAGUGUAAGAGAGAACCAGAUUUGUCCGUUACUUGGGGGGAAAUUAUUUGCAGGAAGCCAAGUUUGAGGGCAAAAAUUUCCAACAGAGAAAAUACCACAAGAGGAGAGGAGAUUUUUUUUUAUGGUUCACAGUUAUUCGAAACUUCUCUGCUUGGGUCUUUUCUAAGGUGCAUACAAAGCAAGAGAAAACAGCAGGAAACAGAAUCCUCAACAGUAGCAUGUCCAAGAAACAAAGAGAAGACCUUGAUUCAUCUGUAAAAAAAUUGCCUAAUGCACUGGACUUCUGUGGAAAGACUGAUUUCUAAGUUCCAGAAACAGUCUAGGGAUUAGCUCUCUGAAGACUAACACUUGCAGUACCUCAGCAUUAGAUUGUCUGUGAGAAAACUGUGUCACAGUAGGGGCAGCAAUAUUUUAUAGUGAAUAUCCAUGAGAGAUUGGACUUUAUAGAACAACAAAGCCCAGCAGUGUUAUAAGGUUCAGGGUUGUAGCCUUUGAAUCUAAACCCUCCUUAAGGUGUUUGCCCUCUGAUGCCUUGCCCCUUGGGUGUGAAGGUGUGAAAGAAACAGCGGCUUAAGACUGGAUUCAGUGCAGUCUCACAGAAUUGUCAUGAAAAUUUACCAACCUGAACACAAACUCUACUCACCCCCUUUUCAAGACGAUGCUAAAGAUGGAAAACAAAAAUUGUCAAGGUUGAUGUAAUGUGAUAUGUGGGUUAUCCACAGUUGAUUAUUUGAUUUGCUUUAGAAUGUCCACAGCCAAUCAGACUAAUUAUUUAAGCAGCAUAGUAUAUCCACUUGCUGCCGCUGCUUUUUCAGACUUGAACAAAGAAUUUAAAAGUGAUUUCUUGUUUUAUUUGGGGGAGGGGGUUAAAGAAAAACAACCCCUAAAAUACAGGCAAUAAGGGGAAAUGUGUGAAUGAUCGAAUUGAGCCCUCCGAUAACCACGAUCUCCAGCUCCUGUUCCCAGCCCUCCCAGUAUACAUGCCAGCUUCUGUGGCUCCUGUCUUUCACCCAGUAUAAUCUGCAACAUUUCCAAGUUGACCUCUGACUGUAUCAAAGGAAGGGAAAAAAGAAGAACCCAGAGGAGAAUUGGAAAUUGCAUUUCUAAGACUUGAAUUUUCACCUAAUCACUGGGAAUUUUCUUGGAGCACCAAGAGGCAAAGCCAAGCCACAUGACAGUAAUUCUGUUCAAAUGCUUCUCCACCGCCAGCCAUGAAGGUUUAGUCAUAGUUUUCCUUUACUAGAGGUUGCCUUCUAGCUGCAGUCCUGUACCCAGAUAUUCAGGUUUAAUGGAUUUGGCCUGUUACUUUGUUCUGUCGCCCUGAAAUUUUCCCCCAGCCUUUUUUGGACAGUGUCUAAGAACUUCCCGUGAUGUGAAAUCCAUCUUUCAAUGAUUUGUGAUUUGUGUAUGACAAUUAAAGUGUGUUCAUUCUGCCAUUAACUGCUUUGUAAUUUGAAAUUUUGAUUGUUCCAUAGGUACCCGUGAAUCUAAAUGUUGACUGAAAAUGUAUUUUUUCCCCUGGAACUAUACACACCACCAAUCAUAUCUUUUGAAAGUCCAUUGAUAACAAUAAACUUUAUCUAUGACAUUGCUACCACUGAACAGCAUUGCUAAGGAAUGAAAGAAACAGUACAAAAUAGCAUUUUUCUCCAUCUAAGAGUGGUCACCAAUUUAUGUUUCCAGGUUUCUCAAUAGUGAGAGACUGUCCACCAUAUGAAUGUGAAAGCAUCACCAGUACCACUGGUGUAAAUAACAUGCAUUCUAUAAGAUGCUCUGUGGUGGGAAGCCUCCAGCAAAAGAAGUGAUGCCAAGAUACAACUAGAUCCAAUAUUAUAGGUUCACUAGAAAUGUCUAGAAAUCAGCACUGUAAAACCAUCUCUGUUUUUAAUAUUUUCACCUAGUCAUGGUAAGGUCAAGUACAAAAAUCCAAGUGAGUUGGUUUGUGUUUUACAUUCUUUAUACCCACCAAAGCCUGUAAUUAUUAAGGCCAUGUCUACACUAGCAUUUAUGUCCGCAAACUUUUGUCACUCAGAGAUGUGAAAAAGCACACCCCUGAGCGACAUACGUUUCGCUGGCAUAAGUGGUAGAGUACACUGUGCUGUCUGUGGGACAGCUUCUCCUGCUGAAAUAGCCACCGCUGCUCAUUGGGGGUAGUUUAAUUAUGUCAACAGGAGAGCUCUCUCCCGUGGGCAUAGAGCGGCUACACGAGAGAUCUUACAGCGGCGCAGAUGCAUCGGGACAGCUCUGCUGCUGUAAACUCCCUAGUGUAGACGUAGCCUUAGUGUGCACUGAGUUACCUUUUGAAGGAACAUGAGUUACCAUUUAUGUUUCUUCAUUAGUUUUGGCCAGUUUCAACCUUUGUGUUCUCAAUAAACGUAGAUUUCAAAAAUUGUUCCCUUAAAAUUAAAUCAGUGGGGGGAGGGGACGGGAAGUCCAGGUAGGGUAUGUCUACACUACCCGCUGGAUCAGCGGGCAGCGAUCAAACCAGAGUGGAUCGAUUUAUCGUGUCUAGUCUAGACGUGAUAAAUCGACCCCAUGUGCUCUCCCGUCAACUCCUGUACUACAGUGCCGCGAGAGGUGCAGGCAGAGUCAACGGGGGAGCAGCAGCAGUCGACUCACCGCGGUGAAGACACCAUGGUAAGUCGAUCUAAGUACGUCGACUUCUGCUACAUUAUUCACGUAGCUGAAAUUGCGUAACUUAGAUCGAUCCCCCGCCCCGUCCCCCCUCCAUGUAGACCAGGGCUUAGAUAUGUCAGGUCAGAUCUUCAGCUGAUGUGAGUUGGAGUAGCGUCACUGAAGCUAUCUCAGGUCACACCAGCUUAGGAUCUGGCCCUUCAUCCAUAGGUCAUUAAAUUUGUCCCGCCCUCUGCCCUGAGAAGAUAUCUCCUCAUCUGUGGUUUGAGGAUCUAGGUGGAGAAAAGCAGUGAUACUGUUGAGAAAUCCCUGAGAUGAAGCUACACAGGCAAAGAACAUUUUCUCUGUGUUACAGUAACUAAAUUUACUGAGAGGAUGAAGGGAGAGGGAGAAGCUCAAAUGAAGAACAGAUUUGUGGAGUCUGCCACUACAAAGUGGUUAGCCGUCUGCCCAGAAUCUAUAUGGCAUGUGAUUAGACUGGUUCCUAGUGAAAUUAUUUCCGAAUCGAAGGUUUUAGUUCUCCACAAAGUGACCUGUGUGUUUUCCCGUGAGGGAUUUCACCACUGUUUGGAGAAGACAUCGUUUAUAUGAAAGGUGAAACACAAAGAGGGGAGAGUAGUAAAGUAAGUGAUAUGCUUGGUUCUCCCCUUGCCCCUGAAGGAGAUUAAUUUGUAUCUAUUCUUGGCGUGAUGGAUGACUUUGAAAGAAAAAUUGUUAGAAGCCCCUAUGAUUUAUUUUCGUUCACAAGCUUAGCCUUAUUUUUACAAACACCUCUCACUUGGAAGUCUCAGAAUCUUAAACUUGAUUUUUAUUCCCCCUCUGGGCGUUCUGUGGAUUUACACUAAUUUUGUUCUUUCCACUAAGUUAUUAUCCCAUCCUUUUGUGAUCUCCAGGAGAAAUAUCACUAAAGCUUUCGAAGUCCAGUGUCAAAAGCAAAGGGAGUUGUGGUUUCCUUCAGAACACAGUCACGCUAACAAUGAUUUUUUUAAAUGUAUUUAUUGUGUUUGAAAAUUUAAUCAUUUAUCACAUUUGUUAAACUAGGCGCUUUUUUAAAAAAAGAGAAAAGGAAAAAUAUUUUGGCGGGGGGAAGAGACUAGCUAUUUGUACUAGGGGAGAAAAACACCAUCAUUUUCUGCUUUUCCUAGACAGUUAAGACAAGGGAGAUAACUCUUCAUGGCAAUUCAGUCUUGUUUAUAGAACAUCCAGAACCACUGUAUGCUAUAAAAUACAUCAUCUGCAUAAUAAAUGUUUAAAGCCUGACAUUUCACCAUCUCUCUCUUGAUAUGUGGUAUCAGUUUUGGUGGUCUGCUAAGAUGUUUAUUUUGUUGAGCUUGGAACUAAGUAUGGAAGAAAAAAAAUACCUGUCUGGUUAGAAAUUUAAAGGAGGGAUUCAUUCUUCCUUCCUUUAUUAUUCAGCAGGCUGUGCUGCAUGUCUGAUCCAUUAUCACCCUGUCCUGUACUCCUCUCUAAGGCCCCAAUCCUGUGCCAUGCAGAGGGCUCAGAAUGGAAAAUUAAGGCGCUCGCAAGUUCACAUGAUCCAGGCUUUAGAAGGCUGGAUUCUCCCAUUAAAGUCAUUAGAGUUUUGCCGUUGGCUUCAAUGGGAACAAAUUUGGGCCCUGAGAGUCCAUGCAAUGCCCACUGAAGUCAAUGCAAAAAGACUGUAUUUGGCUUCAGUGGGCAUUGGAUCAGGCCCAGUCUUCUGGCUCUGCUACUGAUCUGAUUCCAUUCCCCACGAAGAAACAGCGCAGGGGCAUCCAAAGCGAUACCCAUUAGAUUCUCUUUUCCCCUGCUUCUGUUGAAAUUGAUAGCAUGACUAAAUACCUCAGUAUAAGCUUUUGUUUUGUUACUUUGGGGAGAAAAGGGGUUUGCACAUUUUUGUUGCUGUUGUAAAAGUCUGCAUUUUAAUAUAUGCAAAAACUCACUUGCUGAAACUAUCAUUUUUAUUAUAUUAUGGUUUCAUCAAAAUGGAUGACAAAUAGUGCAACUAUUAUGGUGAAUUGUGAUAUUAAUCACAGAAUAAAUAUUGAAAUCAA